AACCCUACCAAUUUUCCUUCUCUCUUUCUCUCAAAACCCCCCAAAAUUACUACAAUCAAACAUUCGCAACCCUUGUUUCAUCAUUAUCAAACCUCAUCUACCCACCCACUCUCCCCCACCCAGAAACCAUGAAAAUGAGAAACAAAGGUAAAGUUCAUCCUUCCCCUUCUUCUACAUCAAACAGAGACACUCUCUCUGUACUAAACCUCUUACCUGCUGCUAUUCUCGCUAUAGCUUCAGUCCUCUCUCUUGAAGACCGUGAGGUCUUGGCUUACAUGGUCACUAGGUCCCUCAAACCCACUACCCCUUCUCCCAAUGUUUCCAAGAAGAAAUUCAUUACCCACAAAUCCCCUGUUUUUUACUGCGAAUGUUUUGAUUGUUAUACUAGCUAUUGGUUUAAGUGGGACUCUUCUCCUAAUCGUGAGUUAAUUCAUCAAGCCAUUGAAGCUUUUGAGGAGCAUUUGAGCAGUAAUGAACACUACUCCAACACGAACCGUAACAACAAGAAAAGGGACAAAAUUUCUCGCCGUAGUAAUGGGAUUGUGAAGUCGCCUUCAUCUGGAUUACAUUCUUAUAUUCAAGAAGAAAUAGUCUUGCCUCAUGAGGUUGAAGAUGACUUUGUUCGUGUUUUUCCAGAAGUUACUGAUUUUUCGCCGGAAAAUGGUGGAAAUGAGGUGGAGGAGAAGGAGUCGAAGGUGAAGGAUGUGGUGGUGCCGUUACCGGAAACUACAAUACUGACGCGUGGAACGGCGACGAAUGGCGGCCAUAAGGGUUUAGCUAGAAAGGUGUUGCCGGACGUGUUAGGGUUAUUUAAUUCGCGUUUGUGGAAUCUUUGGAGUCCGAAUGUGUGAAAGAAAAGUUCAACUAUUUUGUUUCUCGAAUUUCAAGAAAAGAGGAAAUGGGAUUUUUCUCUUUACCAUUUUAUUCUAAAAGUUGGAGAAAAGAAGAGGAAUAUAUGUGUUCUUACUACCUGUAUGUUAGGUCCUUCUUGUAUUGGCCAUUUAUUUCAUUAGUUUUGUUAUUUUUGACAUUUUUAUAUUGGCCGGUACCGGAAGUUAUUUUCCGGUUAGAUGGUCUGAAUGCUAUUAUUAAAUCAAUAUUUUUCGUGGAAGGUAAGUAGAUUUAUUGGUACUA